UUGUGUCAUCUGAACCUACCCUAUGUCAUCUGAGUUUGACGUUUUAGUAUAUUUUCGAGUACUUCAAAUUUCGAUUUAAAAUCUAAAUCAAUAGUUUCUCCUAUUCAGAAUCCGGGUUGCAUUUUUUCCAAGUGAACGCUUUCUGAAGGCUUCUGGAUAAAUUAAUGAAAACGAUGUCAAGGCGAUUCGGUUCGCGCAUGACAAGCAAGCUUCUAUAAAAUCACAACAAAUUCAACAGUUCCAGGAAUUCAGGCUUCUGCAAAAAUGGUUACCCACAACAAAGUCAAGAUCAAGCAGGGGACGGUCGUGGGUGGUGAGGCUUUGCUUACCAAUGGCGCGAAAUAUUACUACUUCAAGGGAAUACCAUAUGCAGUUCCUCCAUUGGGAAAGUUAAGGUUUCAAGCACCAGUUGCAUUGGAAAGCUUCGCCCAGCCCGAAAUCGACUGCACUAAGGAGGGUGACGUUUGUUCUCAGAAGGAUCCACUCUCUGGAGAACAAUGUGGAUCAGAGAACUGCCUUUUCCUCAAUGUCUACACACCAAGGAGAAAAGAAGAUGACACAAGUGAGAAGCUUCCAGUGAUGGUGUUCAUUCAUGGCGGAGGCUACAUGUUCGGAUAUGGAGAUAGCAAUUUAUAUAAACCACUUUAUUUAAUGCAGGAAGGUGUGGUUGUUGUCACCCUGAACUACCGUCUUGGAGCGUUUGGUUUUCUAUCUCUUCCAGAAGCUAAUAUUCAUGGAAAUGCCGGUUUGAAAGACCAGCAUCUGGCUUUGCAGUGGGUUAGUGACAACAUAAGCCACUUCGGUGGAGAUCCUAAUAAUGUGACGUUGUUUGGUGAGAGUGCGGGUGCUUCGAGUGUACAUUUUCACUUUCUCUCAGAAAAAUCAAGGAAACUCUUCCACAAAGCCAUUCUACAAAGCGGAACAGCCAAUAUGCCAUGGGCCAUGAAGAAGUAUUUAACUAACAAAUCUAUGCUUUUGUCUAAGGCAAUGGGUUUUCAUUCGAAUGACCAGAUAGAAAAUGCAAAGUUUUUGAGGAAUUAUCAAAAUUUGGGUGACUUCUGGAAGCAUAUGUUUUCAGUUAUGUCACCGGAGGAUCGUCGUCGAGAACUUCCCAUACCAUUUGGACCAAUUGUCGAAAAGGAUAGUCCUGAGGCAUUGGUGACUAAAGAACCUCUGGAGUCAAUAAGUGAAGAGAAUUCAAUUGACAUCCCUCUGAUGAUGGGUUACAAUUCGGGUGAAGGAUUACUCAUGCUUUCAAAUUGUGUAAAGAAGUUGGAGAACUUCGAACGGGAUUUGUCUCGCUUAAUACCGAGAAAUAUAAAUCUCCAACCGAAUGACCCCCAAAACGAGGAGUUAGCAAAGAAGAUGCGUGAUUUUUAUAUGGAUGGAGCAAAAAUAGAAGAAGGAACCUUGGAUACAUUUCAAAAUCUACUAAGCGAUUUUAAUUUUGUCAUUGAUGCAUAUGUUGCAGCAGAGAUGCAUUCCAGACAUCAGCACAAGUCACCGUUGUAUUUUUAUCGAUUCGACUACACUGGUGACCUGGGAUUCUAUAAGAGACUUUUUCAGUUUGAUCAUCUAAAGGGUGCGUGUCAUGGUGAUGAAUUGUUUUAUAUUUUUCAAUCGGCAAUGGCCGAUGAGCCUUGGGCAGACAGAGAUAAGAAAAUGGUUAAAACCAUGUGUAAAUUGUGGGCUAACUUUGCGAAAUAUGGAAACCCAACACCGGAUGGGAAGACAGAUCUAAUCGAUUGUACUUGGGAGCCAGUGAAGAAGAUAAAGAAUAAUGAGAGUUUUGUUUUGAAUGCAUUUGUUAUAGACGAGAAGCAACAGAUGGCGCAGAACCCUGAUGAGGAGCGAAUUGAGUUUUGGAGAAGUGUAUAUAGAAAAUAUAACAGUCCGUCAACGUUGGGACUAUCAAAAUUAUGACUUAAUAUUUAGUUUAUAAGUUAGCUUAGUAGUUUUAAGAUUUUAUUUAGUUUAUAAUAAAUAAAAGUUGGGAAGCUUAUCUUUAUAUUAAAAAUA